AAAAUUUAAAUUUUUAGGUAAACUAUCCCUUUAAGGGCACUAUUGAGAAGUCUCUCUGUGGGAUCAGAAAGAGUGAAGAGUGAGAGCGGAGAUGACUUCUAUAAAUAUCGCUGUCAGAUACACUUUCUCCAGGUAACGUUACCUGAGCGCAGUCAGGUAUAUCAUCACCACAUUAUACUCCUGAAUCAAUUGUUAUCGUAUGUCAUCCAGUUACGUAGCAUUGCUGAUUAAAGGAGGUUUCAUUUUCUUGGUUACGAUUCAGACAGAUACUCGGAUGCAGAGGAUUUAGAUGGUUUUCUUCAACUUCAUCUGAGCUGCUAAAUAAGUCACACGGGUGAGAACUUAAGAAUAGAGUUGAUUGGCAUUGAAUAGCACUGAAUAGAGCUGAUUGGAGUGAUUAGUGGUGGUCUCAUAACCCAUCAUUGUUAUUUCAAAAAAGGUCAAAGGAACAGCACUGCAUUCAUGGAGACAUUCGGACCAGAUUUGUUCAUGUGUGUGUUGUCUGUGUAUUGUGUGCGCUGACUGACUCGCUCUUGCACCCACAGCGUCCUCUGGGGAAGACAUCAGUCGUGGCAUAUAGCGUCUUCUCUUAUCACCGAGUCCAAUGGAUGCAUUGUUUGGCCUGCGUUUCAGACAGAAAGCCUGUGAGCCAAGCAGACACAGGCGCUCCAGCGUGUCACUUCCAGUGAGUAAAGCGCGCCGGCGCUCCAGCGUGGGCCUGCCAUCAUCUGGCCUGGCUCAGAGACGCAGGUCUAGCUCUCAGCUCCAAACCAGCAACGUGCCGACGGGAGUCAUUCAACACAGAAGAGGACACUUCACCAGAAGGAGGUCGAGCGAUGCAACAGCCUGCCUGACCCCACGGUUCGCUAUCCGACGGAGACAGGCUGCCAAACACCGUAGCAUUCACGCCCAGCUCCUGGGCCCAUCACUGCUCCUGGCUAGCAUGGUGCAAAUGAGUGAAGAUCACGAAACUGAGAAUAAGAGUGCAGAAGAAUACUCCUCUCUCUCUGAUAGUGACUGUAGCCAGGAGGAGCACAAGCAAGCAGGGAUGGACUUAGAGUCAGAGUCUGAUAAGUGUAUGACGUGGUUGGCUCAGGGUUUGUUGGCGGGAAAAAGUAUUCAGCCCCGCCCCCUCAUCCGUGCCCCACGUUGCCUGCGGCGAAACUCCUCACACCUACUCCCUGCUGAGGCCGUUUACCGGAGCCCAGCCUCUUAUGGGCUGUACGGCCGUUACCGUAGGACCAGUCAGGCACAGGGUCUGUCUAAUGUAGGUGGAUUGUGGGCAGGGAGGCAAAAUUCUCUUGCAGCUCGAGGAUCAGUUGAAUUGUACAGGACGAGCUCCCCUUGCUGGACAGAUCUCGGUCUUUCACACACACUGCAGGAAACUUACUACAACCCACAGAUUGACACAUGGAGUGCGUUCCUCUCGAAGGCCAUUGCCAAGUCCGGUCUCCAGCACCUCUCAUGCCAGCCCAGUGCUGCAGUGUUGGCCAAGGGGGAAACAGACAGAGAAAUCCGCAGCACAGUGGACUGGAGUGAAUCAGCUCUGUAUGGAGAGCACAUCUGGUUCGAGACGAAUGUCUCUGGGGACUUCUGUUACGUCGGAGAACAGCACUGUUACGCCAAAUCCCUGCAAAAGUCUGUUGCUCGGAAAAAGUGUGCUGCUUGCAAGAUCGUAGUUCACUCCAUCUGCAUUGAACAGCUGGAAAAGUUAUUGGACUGGAAAGCUCCACCUCAAGGGGAGGGGCUUGAUGAGGUGCCCCUCAAAGACCCAUCAUUCAGAAUAAACUUCAGAUGUAAACCAUCUUUCAGGGAGUCCGGUUCACGGAACAUCCGGGAACCAGCAAUAGUGCGACACCACUGGGUCCAUCGGGGAAGACAAGAGGGCAAAUGCAAACAGUGUGGAAAGGGCUUUCAGCAGAAAUUUGCCUUUCACAGUAAAGAGAUUGUAGCCAUUAGCUGCUCCUGGUGCAAACAAGCAUAUCAUAAUAAGGUGACAUGCUUUAUGCUGCAGCAAAUAGAAGAACCGUGUUCAUUAGGAGCACAUGCCGCCGUUAUAGUACCUCCUACCUGGAUCAUACGGGUUCGCCGACCUCAGUCCUCACUAAAGUCAAGCAAAAAGAAGAAACGAACGUCUUUCAAACGCAAAUCCAGCAAGAAAGGAGCAGAGGAGGCUCGAUGGAAGCCCUUCAUUGUGAGACCUAUUCCCUCUCAACUCUUGAAGCCACUGCUGGUGUUUGUAAACCCAAAGAGUGGAGGAAACCAGGGAGCUAAAAUCAUCCAGUCCUUUCUGUGGUGUCUGAACCCUCGACAGGUUUUUGAUCUCAGUCAGGGGGGUCCUCAGGAAGGCUUGGAGAUGUAUCGCAAAGUUCACAACUUGAGAAUUUUGGCCUGUGGUGGGGAUGGCACGGUGGGCUGGAUUUUGUCCGCUCUUGAUCAGCUGCAGCUAAACCCUUCUCCUGCUGUGGCAGUACUUCCUUUGGGCACGGGAAAUGACCUCGCUAGGACGCUAAACUGGGGUGGGGGUUACACAGAUGAACCUCUGAGUAAAAUCCUAUCUCACGUUGAGGAUGGGAAUAUUGUACAGCUGGAUCGAUGGAAUCUUAUUGUGAAGCCCAACCCAGAGGCGGGGCCAGAGGAAAGAGACGAGCAGGUGACAGACAAGCUCCCUUUGGACGUCUUCAAUAAUUACUUCAGCCUUGGGUUUGAUGCUCAUGUGACUUUAGAGUUUCAUGAAUCCCGAGAGGCCAACCCUGAGAAAUUUAACAGCCGAUUCAGAAACAAAAUGUUCUAUGCAGGGACAGCAUUUUCUGAUUUCUUGAUGGGCAGCUCCAAAGACCUGGCUAAACACAUUAGAGUGGUGUGUGACGGCACCGAUUUGACCUCUAAAGUGCAGGAUUUGAAGCUGCAAUGCCUGGUCUUCCUCAAUAUCCCCAGGUACUGUGCGGGCACUAUGCCAUGGGGCAAUCCAAGUGAGCAUCAUGACUUUGAGCCUCAGCGUCAUGAUGAUGGCUGCAUUGAGGUCAUUGGAUUCACAAUGACAUCACUGGCUACGCUGCAGGUCGGAGGUCACGGUGAGAGGUUAAAUCAGUGUCGUGAAGUCACCCUCACCACCUUUAAGUCAAUCCCCAUGCAGGUGGAUGGCGAGCCUUGCAAACUAGCUCCAUCUGUUAUUCACAUCUCCCUGAGAAACCAGGCCAACAUGGUGCAGAAGACCAAGAGACGCACAUCAGUACCACUGCUCAAUGGCAGUCAGCAGCCAUUUCCAGAACGAUUACGGAUCAGAGUGAGCCGUAUCAGCAUGCAUGAUUAUGAAGCUCUGCACUACGAUAAGGAGAAACUCAAAGAAGCUUCAAUUCCACUGGGUCUCAUCGUUGUCCCGGGAGACAGUGAUUUGGAAACCUGUCGAGCUCACAUCGAGAGACUACAGGAGGACUUUGUGUCGUGUCACCCAUCCCUGCAGCGGCUGGUGCUCCAGGAAGGUGACGGGACCAAAUCAAAGGCUUUGUCGUCUCAGAGGCUGUCGCCAAAAUGGUGCUUUCUCGACUCUACAACAGCUGAUCGAUUCUACAGGAUUGAUCGAGCUCAAGAGCAUCUUAACUACGUGACUGAAAUUUCUCAGGAUGAGCUGUUCGUUUUGGACCCAGAGCUGGUUGUCACAGAGACGGUCAGCACAUCGCCAGGCAUGCCAGACCUGGUGGACUCCUCUAGUGAUGCCCCUUCUGAUCCACGUAAAUUUGCCUUCCCAUCAUCCUCUUCUUCUCCACCAAACUCACCCGGACCCAGGGUUGAAGAGCUCCAAAGGAAGCGUGUUUCCAGUGACAGUUCUGUGGCAGAAGCUCUUGCACACAGUGACUCGCUCAGAUCAGCCAAACCAGCUCUCAGCAGGGUGGGGGGUGUUCAUCGCUCAAAUACAACAGCAGCAGAUUUCAAACCUACCAGCAGGUUUGACAAGAGCAACCUGAACAAUGCAAACUCUGUGUCAGCAGACAGUCUAAUUGAAUGUGUGAAGAAGAAGGACCAUCAGAAGUUGAAGGAGCUGCAUAAGAAGGGGGCUGACCUGUGUGUGCAGGACGCUGUGGGCCGCACCCUGCUGCACUAUGCUGUGGAAGUGGGAAGCAAGGAGAUCGUCAGAUACAUCAUUGAUAUUGCACCCACCGAUAUCCUGGAUGUAACAGAGAGAGAAAAUGGAGAGACGGUAUUGCACAAAGCGGCCUCAUUGUGUCAGAGGACAAUCUGUCAUUACCUAGUGGAGGCGGGAGCAUCUCUCAUGAAGACAGACUUACAGGGCGACACUCCAAAACAUCGUGCCGAGAAGGCGAAAGAUGCAGAACUUGCGGCGUAUCUCGAGAACCGCCAGCACUACCAAAUGAUCCAGCGUGAAGACCAGGAGACUGCAGUUUGACCUUUAACCUCUCACCCUUCACCUCAACCGGUGUCCUCCUUUUUGUGCCAAAAUAACAGUAACCAAAAAUGUAUCGCUAAACCCGUCUUAGGCUCUCUGGACUGCAGGGGGGGUGAUACAUUCCCGGAGAGGGAAGAUGGUUGCACACUUUACUGUCUCUGAAGAGGUCCCAAGCUUUCAUCAUCUUUCUCUGAAUGACCUGUUGGACUUAAUGUCUUUCAUUUCAUUGCACUGGCAAAACAUCUUAGAGUUUGUAUGUAUGAGACAGAAUGCAUAUGUUAAUGCACUCAUCAAGCUUGCUUUUCUAGUUUGACAAUGCUGAAUGUUAAAUGAAUACGAUGAGGAUUUAAAGAUGCAUGGGCUGGUGUCUGUCUCCAGAUUCAUCCCUGCCUGUAAGUGUAUCUGGAGCAUUCACCGUAGCCCUGACUCCACAGCUAGGUUCAGUAUUGCUCUGUCAUGGCUGAGCAUUAAUCUGGUUAGUGGUACACAACAGGAACCGGAACCAACAUUUCAGUUAGCGGACUUAUUUCCCAAAGACAGUAGAGCCAUUAAAUGACAUGUUGUUAAUGUAUAAUGUAACUUUUUAGAUUGCCCUGCACUGAAAGAGUUCAGGUUGUUUCAAAGAUAGGAAUGUUUUCUGGGGUCUUGAUCUGAAGCAUCAGAACCAUUUAGUUAUUUUUCAGGUGUGUUAUUGGAAGGAUUUUGCAUUUUCAUAGAUUUCUGUGCUGUUUCUAAUAACAUUCGGUACUGUAAAUGUAUCCGAGUAGCUUUCUGUUUAAGAGGCAUUUGCACUGUAGCUUUGAUUGCCUUCUUUAUUCUAUACUCUGGAUUUAUAAUUGUUGUACUAAAAUAUAGCUUCUUUCCUACAAUAUUUUUAAGUAAAUAGAUGUUUAUAUCAUUUGUAGCUCUAAAAGAUGUGUUGUCAUGUUUGUAUUAUAAAACUCUGUAAAUUAGAUUUUGGUUUAUUGGAGUUGAGAACAGAUCUCUCUGUGAUUCAGCUCAUUUUUCUUAAAUCUUUGUGAUAAAACAACGCACUCUA